CUCGUGGGUGUAUCCGGCGAGGGACUCGCUGAGAGGUGGCAGCAUCCGACUCAAGGAUCCAGAGGAGGAGGACGCAGAUUCCGAUGAAAGAGCGCGCUCCCGCGCUUCUAGUGUGGAGUCCGACCACGAGAGGGCGCCGGCGGUGGCGGUGGUCAGAGCUGCGGCCGUCGCCAGCGGCGCCACCGUUCUCGUGCUGUCCAGGCAAGAUUCGGACGACGAUAGAGAAUCGACGAUGUCCACGUCUUCGAGGGACGCCGAAAUACAGACGGAUCUCGCCGGCGUGCGCAACCUGAUUCGCAUGAUGCCGGAUAAGGAGGAAGACUGGACGGGAGAACUGGAGGAACGCGCCGAGGUUAACGAGGAGAGCGACGAAGAGCCGAGUCCACGCGUCGUCCGCAUCAUGGCGUCGCCGCCGACCAAUCACACGCGUCUCGAGGACAUCGCCGAGCAUCGGCUGUCCGCCGCCUCCGUGCAGACGGACCCCGAGACUCCGCCCGCUGCCGAUGACGACCGCCUCCCGCCGCUGCGCGAGGAGUUGCCACGGGGACGGGGCUUGACGUACCAGGAGGUCGGUGUGCAGGCGGACGAUCUCGAUCGGUGGGAGGAGGAGCCUCCACCGCUGCCCGCGAUUGCUCGUGCACCUUCCCCCGUCGGUCAUCGACCGGCGUCUGUCCAGAUGGCGCCGCCGGUCGCGCGGUCCCUGGGACAGCAGUUGCAGUCAACAGCACAGCCUACACCAACCCCUAGACCGCAGUGGCAGCAAGCACAACAACAGCCACCAGCCCCUAGACCGCAGUGGCAGCAACCAACACAACAACCAACACAACAACCACCAGCCCCUAGACCACAGUGGCAACAAGAACAACAAAAACCAGCCCCUAUACCGCAGUGGCAGCAACCAACACAACAACCACCAGCCCCUAGACCACAGUGGCAACAAGAACAACAAAAACCAGCCCCUAUACCACAACCAAUACAACAACAACCAACACAACAACAACCAGCCCCUAGACCACAGUGGCAACAACCAAUACAACAACAACCAACACAACAACAACCAGCCCCUAGACAAUGGCAACAACCAGCACAGGCACCACUAGCCCCUAAGCAACAAUGGCAACCAUCAGCACAACAACCACCAGCACCUAAACCGCAAUGGCAACAACCAACACAACAACAACCACCAGCACCUAAACCGCAAUGGCAACAACCAACACAACAACAACCACCAGCACCUAAACCGCAAUGGCAACAACCAACACAACAACAACCACCGGCACCGGCACCGGCACCUAAACCGCAAUGGCAACAACCAACACAACAACAACCACCGGCACCUAAACCGCAAUGGCAACAACCAACACAACAACAACCACCAGCACCUAAACCGCAAUGGCAACAACCAACACAACAACAACCACCAGCACCUAAACCGCAAUGGCAACAACCAACACAACAACAACCACCAGCCCCUAAACCACAAUGGCAACAACCACUAGCCCCUAAACCACAGUGGCAGCAAGCAAAACAACCACCAGCCCCUACACAACAGUGGCAACCACCGACACAGCCGCCGCCAGAAACCAGACAACAAUGGCAACCAUCGCCGCAGCAACAACCUCCGCCCGCUCAACAAUGGCCGCCCGCGCAACGCCGCGACGAUCCGCUCGGACAAUACCCAGCCGACGUACCCGUCAACGUGAACUACGAAGCGGCGCGGGACAACGGCGGAGAGAUCGACGAACAACCGAUCGAGUUCAAGCAGACGAAGGCACUGUUCAAGGCGAUGGACUCCCAGCAAGCAGCAUCCGAGCAGCAGCAGCAGCAGCAGCAGCAGCCGAACGCGCACCGAGGCAACGUUCCCGCGAGGCAGUCCUGGAGGUCUCCGCCUGCGACGCCCGACUACAGAGCCCGUUCGUACGACGAACGACAGCGUGCGGGCCCGACCCAGCCGUGGCAGGUCGACGACAACCCCCCGCCUCCUCGGCAGCUCGGCCGUCAAAAUUCCGUGGACAUGCCCGAGUAUCAGAUGACGCAGGAGCAGAUGGACUACAUGCAGUACCAGUACGAGGCCGCGCAGGCCAGAGCGGCCGCCCCCCAGGCUCCCGCAGGUGUGAGAAAUGCGCGCGGCAUCUUCGAGCAGGUUAGAUAAUCCCCGACGAUGCGUCGGCAUGGCGCCGAGCGCGUGUCGGAGGCGAGGCGAGAUUCGGGAUUCAGAGAAUUUUUUUUUUCCGAAUUCGGAGAUUCGGGAGGUGUCGUGGAGCGUCUUUUCGAUCGCUUUCGUUGGAUGAACGCUGGUGCUGGAGUUCGAUUCGUGCACACCCGUGUUCUGUAUUAUUACGUAUAGGCCGAUAAUUGCAAUAUAGUAAUUAUAAUGAUGUGUGCAUCAAUGCUUCGUACCUGUUUCGUUAAAAAAUCUUUGAUAAGGAAAUAGGAAUCUUUGUUACUGGUACAUUUAUAUAAGAACUGCGCCUGCAUGGUUGUUUCGUGUGUUAUCAGUAUUGAUUUUUAAUGUUUAUGUGCAGUAUCAAUGUAUGAUAUAGAAUUUUAAUUAUCAAUCAAAAAUAUUUAGUAGGUUUUAUUUUAACAGAUACUGAUUUCAUCCGUUAUUAUAAAUCAUGUUAUCAUCAUUCUGACAUCAACAUAUUUGUUAUCAUAGCGAUGUUGGUAUAGGGGUGUUACGGGUGUAUUGGUAUUAGGGGUAUUAUGAUAAUUAUGUCCUCGACCUUGCUCUCAGUAUAACUACUGUACACGGACGUAGAUAAAGAGUAGGAUGACUUUAUGCACAUUGCACAUGUUGGUACCCAUGCCAACAUGAUUAUGAUCAGGAUUAGUAAAUAGGCAAAGGCGUGACCAAAUAUUUACGCAUGCUAUUCAUUGUAAUCAUUAGAUGAAUGAAUUUUUUUUUUCAAUCUCUUAAUUUUCGUUUAACUGUGAUGUGGUAUACCCCCUACACAUUUAAAAUUCUUUGAUGUGGCGAUAGGCAUUGUAGCUAGGUUUACGCACGACAUACGAAUAUUGAGCUAUGGACCUAAAUAAAAUACAAAUAAUUUAAUUAAGAAGAA